GAGAGAGACAGUGGGAGGCGUCCAGUGCUCUUUAAAAACUCUAAACUAUUUGGUAUUUGGGUGGAUGGUAACACAGAGACCUCAACUGUGCAUGGACAUCUCCAAGCGUAAAGCUCCUCGUCGUUUCAGCAAGGAAACAUAACAGUUCCCGCAUCACCAGGAGGAUGGCUUACUUCGACAGCAGCUGCCACUGCAGCAGUGAAAGACGACAGAACAGCAUCUUGUACAGCAUUUUAAAGAACGACAGUCAGUCUGCGCAACUUGGGAUCCAGCCGAGGACACCGAGACUCGCCGUGUCCAUGCGCGCUUGUGCGUGCGGAUCCAAGAGGAAGGUGUCUCUCCGUUCCCCUCAAACCACAUGCAAAGCCGCCUCCGCGGUCCUGGUCAAGACCCUGAAGUUCGUGAAGAACGUCCCGUGUUUCCGAGAGCUGCCUGUGGAUGACCAGCACACGCUGGUGCGGAGCAGCUGGGCACCGCUGCUGGUGCUCGGCAUGGCGCAGGACAGGAUCGACUUCGAGACUUCGGAGACGCAGGAGCCCAGCAUGUUGCAGCGGAUUUUAACGAGCGGACAGGACAAGCAGGACAACCAAAGUAAUAACAGUGGAGUGGCGUUGACCGACGUUCAGGGUAUUAAAAUGUUUCUGAGGAAAUGCUGGGGACUGGACAUAAGCACUAAGGAGUACGCAUACUUGAAAGGGGCUAUUCUGUUCAACCCAGAUGUUGUAGGGCUGCAAUGUCAACAUUACAUCCAGGCCCUGCAGAGCGAGGCGAACCAGGCACUUAAUGAAUAUGUCAAAAUGAUUCACCGCGGGGACAGUGCAAGAUUCGCCAAACUCUUCCUCGCUCUCUCCAUGCUGAGAUCCAUCAACGCCAAAGUGGUGGCUGGUCUCUUCUUCAAACCGGUCAUUGGAGCAGUCAACAUGGAGGAACUUCUUCUGGAGAUGUUUUAUGGAAAAUAAACUCUAAUUCAAAAACCAGGACUGAAUUAUCAAAGUUGGAAAGAAUGGCAGUCGGCAGUGGACGGACAGAUAUUGAAAAUGACUGAUUCCUUUUUACACAUGCUAUUUUUGUACAAUAUAUGAGAGCUCUCUUUUUGCCUUCUGAGUUGAACUCAUCGCUGAAUCCAAAGUUGAUGACAACGUUUUUCCCAUUUGGGGAAAGAGCUUUAUAACUUUGUUCUGAUUGUUUGUUUUUUUGUUUUUGUUUACUUGCUUUUAUGUGAUGUUGUGCCGCCUUAUUCUGGUUGACACUUUAUAAUAACUUUCAUUAGGAAAUCAUUAACAAGCAUUCAUUUGUAUAUGCAUGGCAUUUAAUAUAUAUUUUAAAAUGUAAUUAUAUUU